AUGGCACCUGCGGAGGUCCGGAGUGGCGUCGGCCGCCAGCCAGCCCAGGAGAGGAUGCUGAGCCAGAGCGGGAUGAACGCUCGUUCCGACGUUUUGGGACUGCCGUGUCUUCCGGGCGAGGUGGUGCUGCAGCGGGCCGUCAUGGUGAGAAAGAAGUUGACGGCGAGGGAAGGCAGAGGUUGGCUGUCGGGGACGCUCUUCUGCACGCGCUUCCGAGUGGCCUUCGUACCCCAGGACGCCCCCAAACCCGACGAUAAUGCCGACCCGGUUCUUUUGGGGGACCACGACGUCGCGUUGGCGUCCAUCGAGAAGGUCGUUGUCGUGGGCCCCAACCGGACCAAACUGGUGACCCCCAACUCAUCGCUCAAGUUCACCCCGGAGGAGUUGGUGCUUUACUGCCGCGACCUGCGAGUCAUCUGCUUCCUGUUUGACCGCCUCACCCCCGACGCGCAAGUCCUGGAGAUAACGCACACCAUCGCCAAAACCUACCAGCCCCUCAAACCGGGCUCCGUCUCGGCCUUCCAGAACGCCGCGCUCGGUAGUGUAGAAAUGAAGCAGUUUCUAAGCAACCGUCAGCGAGACGCCCACAUGAACUGGCACGAGUCGGCGGCGGACUGGGAGCGCGAGCUGGAGCGCUGCGGCGCCACCGGCUGGCGAGUCAGCUCGGUCAACGACCGUUUUGAAAUGUCCACCAGUCUUCCAAGGUACAUGGCGGUUCCCCAGAAGGUUCUGGACACCGAGCUGAAGAAAAUCUUCGCCCACUUCAACGACGGCCGCAUCCCCCGCUGGUGCUGGCGACACCCGCGUGGCAGCGACCUCCUCCGCAUGGCUAGCUUCCAGAACAACAUCUACCACGAGAAGGACGACAUCAGGAACUUGGAGAUGAUUUUGUUCGGCUGCCACGGGUCCCUGUGCGUGGUGGUGGAGCUGGGAGACGAACUCCCCUCGCCACCCGACGUCCAGCUGGCGCACGGCCGCUUGAGGGCGCUCUGCCUGGGAGACAUCUCCACAUCUGUGACCGUGCCAGAUGACAAAUGGCUGUCCACGCUGGAAGGAACUCGCUGGUUGGACUACACCAGGUCGUGUCUGAAGAAAGCUUCGGAGGUGGCGUGCCUUCUCCGUGGCGGUCACAUGACUGUGGCGCUGCAAGAGGCCGAGGAUCGAGACAUGAGCUGCGUGGUAUCCAGUCUGGUGCAGGUGAUGUGCGACCCCUACUGCCGCAGCCGCCACGGCUUCCAGAGCCUGCUGCAGAAGGAGUGGGUGACGGCCGGACACCGUUUCUACAGCCGAUCCAACUAUCACCGCGACAACGACAAAGAGGAGGCUCCCAUCUUCCUGCUCUUCCUGGACUGCGUGUGGCAGCUGUGGUCGCAGUAUCCGUCCCGCUUCCAGUUCACCGACGACUUCUUGCUAGCCCUGCACGACAGCGCCCACCUACCGCUCUUCUCCAGUUUUCUGGCCAACUCCCAACGAGAGAGAUGCCGACGCACGCAGAACGUGGGCCAGUGCUACACGCCGGUCAACGGCUGGCGAGAGCCGCACAGCCCGGACGGCGCCGCGGAGCCGCCCGACCCGCCGCUUCCGCCCGUGUGGGAUUGGUCGCUGCAGUACAGCAAACGGCGACAGGCCGGCUUCACGCAGCCCGUCCCGCAGACGCCCGCGCCGCGCCCGCUGCUCAACGGGAACCUCAACGCUGAGACGGACGCCCGCAGGGCCAGCGACGCCACGCCGGGCUCGGUCUUCCUCUUCUCCCGGGGCGUCUUCUCGUGUCCCGCCAACCUGCUGCCUUGGCGCGGCGCGGCGGGCAUUUCGGGCGUUUAUCGCAAGAGCCACCGACGGGCGCCGUCCUCCGAGAGCGUCCCCGGGCUGGAGCGGCUGCUGAGUGUUCGCUCGCUGGCCCGGGCCCCCUCCGACCCCGAUCGGGAUCCCUACCGUCCCUUGCUGCCCCUCCUGAUGGGGCCCUGCUUGGGUUUGUGGAGAGAGUGUUACCACCGGGGGGCGCUGCAUGCUCAGGCCUUCUCGCACCCGCUGAGCGCCGAGCACUCGCACCCGCUGGAGCUGCUGGCCCGGGAGGUGCGCGGCCUCCACCGGCGUCUGACGGCCGAGGGCCGCCCGUCCCGCGGCGCCGACAUCAACCGCAACGCCGGCAACGGCACCUUCCUCUUCUCCGGCCCUCCCCCCAAAGCGCCGGCCUCUCCGGCCGCCGCCGAGGAGACGCCCAAAGAAAACGCCAACAAACACACCUUUCUUUUCGGGCGUGCCGCCGACACCCGUUCCGGCCGCUCCGACUCCAAAACGUCAGAUAGCGACGCCAGUUAA